GUUGGACCCCACAACACUUAUAUCUUCUUCGUCCAAUCAACGCUCCAUUCUCCUCCUCAUUCUCUCUCAUUUAUUCUUCUUCUCCACUCGACCACUCUCAUACUAUUAUCAUCACUUCCAUCACUUUCUCUCUCCUCAAUCAUCCCUUUUUUACCCACUCUUCAGCUCCAAUUUAUGACUUAGCAGAUUUUUCGUUCUAUUACCCAGAAUCAGUGGUGGGUGGAACUUGGAAGCAUUAUUAAAGCAAUACAUGAGGAUGGGGAUACGGAGGAGGUUGGCCUGCUGUACGAGGGAUAGAGAAAUUAGCAUUGAUUUUGAUGAGAAUGAACAUGACAGAAUAAUGACAUAUGAUGGUCUGGAGAGUUGCAUUAUAAACAGUCAUUUGUACACAAAUGAGGGUACAAUCAGUGGGGAGAAUGUCUCAGUCUGUCAAGCUGACUCCAUCACUGAAGAAGAAACCAGCUGCUCAUCAAGUAAAAAUACUUUUGGAUCUUGCUAUUCUGAUUGGACGACGAAAAGGAACCAAGAAGAAACAGAUGAAUGGAGUAGCCCAGAAAGCACAAACCAUACUUAUGUCAGAGAAAAACCGGAUUUUAACACUCAGUUCACUGAUGUAGAGGCUAUGAAAGAGAAGUUUGCUAAACUUUUGUUAGGUGAAGAUGUAACUGGAGGGCGCAAAGGCAUAUCCAGUGCAUUAGCAAUAUCGAAUUCUAUCACAAGCCUUGCAGCAUCUGUUUUCGGGGAGUUGUGGAAAUUAGAACCUUUACCAGAAGAAACAAGGGCUAAAUGGAAACAAGAGAUGGACUGGUUGCUUUCUCCUGCCAAUUAUAUGGUCGAUCUGGUUCCUGCUAAGCAAAGUGGUGCUAAUGGCCGAAACUUUGAGAUAAUGACACCGAAGGCUCGUGCAGAUGUACAUGUCAACCUUCCUGCACUUCAGAAAAUCGACUCCAUGCUUAUUGAAUUUCUGGAUUCAAUGGUGACCACAGAAUUUUGGUAUGCUGAAGGCAAUAGUCGGAAAGAAGGAAGAGGAGGGAGUGAAAGGCAGAGCAAAAGGUGGUGGCUUCCAUCCCCUCGAGUCCCAGCCGGUGGUCUCUCUGAAACUGCCCGAAAGAAGUUGCUCUCUCAGGGUAAUAUGGUGCUUCAACUUUUCAAGGCUGCGAAAUCCAUCAAUGAAAAUGUCUUGCUAGAAAUGCCAGUGCCUAAAGACAUUCAAGAUGCACUCCCCAAGUCUGGUAGAGCUAAUCUGGGGGAAGAAGUAUAUAAAGUCAUAGCAUCAGGAUCAAGCUCAGCAUUGGAGAUUGUCGAUUUUCUGAAACUGGGAUCUGAACAUGAGGCUCUUGAAACUAUCAAUAAGCUGGAAGCUGCGGCACUAGCAUGGAGAGAAAGAAUCAAAGAGCAAAUUAGUAGUACCAAGACUCUCAACAGAACAUCCUGGCCCUUUAUGAAGGAACCAAUUCCAGAGGUGAAUAAGGCGGAGUCGCUAUUGUUACGUGCAGAAGCACUUUUGUAUCAACUGAAGAUGAGAUAUCCGUGCCUUCCUCACACGUUUUUCAAUGUCAUAAAAAUACAGUACGGCAAGGAUAUUGGGCAUUCAAUUCUUGAAGCAUAUUCAAGAGUUCUUGGAAACUUGGCUUACAGCAUACUGGCAAGGAUUGGAGAUAUCCUGCAAGAAGAUCACUCGAGCAAUCCCAAUUCCCCGGUGCCAACAUCCUAUUUUUCAUCAGGAUCGAGUCUAAAUGGAAGACUAGGUAGCCCCAUCCCCAUUGCCAACCCACGUAUAAGGCAUUCCCUUGUGGAACGAAUGAAUAAGUCAGAUGGCUACUUCAGUGAUUCAAACCCAAGCAGAAGUUCCGAUUCAGAGAUUUCAUCUAGUACUGAAGCAAAAUCAAGUUCAGUUACUGCAACACCUAGUUCUAGCCGUAUCUGGUGCAUUGGUAAAGACGCAUACAGCAAUGCUUCCCCAGGUAGUUCCUCUGCAUAAGUCUACUUUUUGGUGGCUUCCCUGUAUAUUUAGUACGACUUUUGUUCUAUUUAUUGUAAUUUGUUUCUCUAAUUCUUGACAAAACAGUCAUAUUGGAGGUUGAUAUCUUGUAUGCGGAAACUUAGUAUAUAUGAAACAUAGAUCAAGGCAUAUAGAAUAUUGUGCUUCUUGA